AUGACUGAAGAUCUCAAACACCCCAUCACCAUUGCGAUCCGUCGACCAAGCAAAACUCCAUCAGUCUUCGUUGCUGCGUCCUUCGCAGACCCGGCAUGGGAGCCAGUGGAGCUUAAGCCUGAGCUCGUAAGCUCCAAAGAUACGUCGACCGCCGAGGAUAGCUCUACGCAGGAUGAAGAGUAUGAAUUCUCCAUGAAAUUCCAGCUGCCCGAGGGCAAGCACCAAUAUCGAUUCCGGCUCGGCACGGACGAGAGCUCUUGGUUCUGUGACAAAGAUCUCGACACAGUUGUUGACGAAGAUGGCAUUGCCAACAACGUCCUCGUCGUAAAGCACACCGCUCCUACCACCUCCGAAACUGACAAUUCCAAACCCACCAACGGCACAUCUGAUACCCCCGCCGACACCACCGACACCACCGACACCAACGACAUCAACGAUACCACCGAUACCACCGAAACCACCUCAAAGGAGCCCGUUGAGGAAGAAAAAGAAAAGGACGCCGAGGUGGAGGCGGCAGACGAGGACGUACCAGCUCCGCCGGUCGUCGUGGCCAAACUUGACGAUAAAGAACCGCCCGUUGACGAAGUGGAUAAAGCAGCGCCGGAGGAGGAAAAGAAGCCAGACGACGCAGUAGACUCUAUCGUCGCGAAGGAGGACGCUUCCAUGGACGUACCCGAAGACCUGCCGGCAACGGAAGCCGUACCCUCGAAGGAUGAGGUAACGGUUUCUUCCGACGAUGUCAAGGACGAAGUCUGUAAAGAAAACGGCGACGCUAAAGAAGUCACGGUGGAUGAUAUCUUAGAAAAGAGCGAGGAGUCUGUACCUGUUGACGUCGCCAAGCUGAAACAAGAUUCCUCCAUCCCCGAGCAGGUGAAGGGGCCAACCGUCGACGAAUCUGAGGUUGUUGUUGAUGCAAAGCCAAUACCAGAUGUCUUGCCGGUAGUCGCGGAUAUUCCAAAGGCUGAUGAUGCCGAAGAGGAAGCUGAACAGGCCCCUGAACCGGUUACAACAGUACGGUCCGAAGACGUUAUUCCAGAAUCCACGACCGAGCUCCCAGAAGAGUCAAAGGAGCUAGAGAAGGAACCAGAACCGGUGGUGGAAGCCACAGAACCCGCCCAGGACUCUAAGGAGGAGCUUCCUGAGAAGGUGGACGUAGUCGAAACUUCUGAUCUAGACAAGGUUGAGGAGAAGGAAGACACCACUGACAAUGUUGAAAUACCUCUUGUCGCCGAAUCCGAGGUUAUCACUGAGGAGCCGAAGAAGGAUGUCUCUGAACCUAUUGUAGUACCAGAAGCUGCAGAAGAGCAAGUUACUUCCAAAUCUGCCGAGGAGCCUGAGCCUACCCCGAAAGAGCUGGACUCUGUAACCGAGGAGCCAGAGAGUGCGCCCAAACUCGAUCUGGUACCGGAAGCUACCCCUGAAGUUGUCACCGAAACUACCUCCGAUGCUGUGCUAGCUGACGAGGCCGAUGUGGUGCCUGAGGUUGCCAAAGAAGAAAUCGUUUCUGCUGCCGCUGAAGAGCCAGCCGUCACAGCGCCGGAAGCUGCAGGUGAAGAGCUGAAGAAGGACGUUACUUUGCCUGAAACCGAUUUAGUAUCAGAGGUUACCAAGGAGGAACCUGCUUCUAAUACAGCUGAUGAACCAAUUGCUGAAAAUCUAGAGGUUCCAACUGAAGAGUCGAAGGAUGAACCCACCACCCUGCCUUUGGAGGAAAGUAAUGAAACUGUCGUCUCAAAAGAGGUUGAAGAACCAGCUGCCGCCGAGCCCGAUGCCGCCGUGGAGGAGCCAGAGUCCGCUCCAGCAGUCGCUGAGGAGCCAGCUUCUAAAAAGCCAGAGGAUGUACAUAAGGACUCUGCUGUAGAGGACGUCGAAGCAGCCGUAGUCUCUAAGGAGGUUGAAGAACCGGCUCUCGAAGAGCCAGAGGCCACUGUGGAGGAGGCAACCAAGGAUGAGCCAGUGGUUGAGCCAGAGUCUGCACCAGUGGUCGCCGAGGAGCCUGCCUCUACUACUGUUGAUGAGCCAACUUCCGAGAAGCCAGAAGAUGUACACAAGGACUCUGCUGUGGAAGACGUCAAAGCAGCUGUCGUCUCAAAGGAGAUUGAUGAACCGGCUCUUGAAGAACCGGAGACCGCCUCGGAGGAGCCAGCUAAGGAUGAGCUAGUGGCUGAGACAGAGUCGGCACCAGCAGUCGCUGAGGAGCCUGCCUCUAAUGUUGUCGAUGAGCCAACUUCCGAAAAGCCAGAGGACGUACCUGAGGACUCGGCCGUAGACGACGUCGAACAAACUGUUGUCUCCAAGGUGAUUGAUGAACCGGCUCUCGAAGAACCGGAGGUCACCUCGGAGGAGCCAGCUAAGGAGGAGCCAGCUAAAGAGGAGCCGGCUAAGGAGGAGCCAGUGGCUGAGCCAGAGUCGACAUCAGUGGUCGCUGAGGAGCCAACCUCUGAAAAUCCAGAGGACACACCAAAGGAUCCAGCUGUAGAAGACGUCGAGGAAGCUGUCGUCUCUAAGGGGAUUGACGAACCGGCUCUCGAUGAGCCGGAGGUUACUUCGGAGGAGCCAACUAAGGAUGAGCCAGUGACUGAGCUAGAGUCAGCGCCUGUGGCUACCAAAGAGGUCACUGACGAGGUUACUGAACCGGUUGUUGCCGAACCCGAAGCCGAGAAAGACGUAUCAGUCCUGGAGGCUGAUCUGGUCCCGGAGACCAUAAAGGAGGAUGCUCCUAUUAAUAUUGAGGAACCUGCUACAGAGCCAGAGGCUGCUGUCGAAGAGCCGGGGAGCACCCAAUUGCCUCAGGAGGAAGCCAUUUCUAACAAAGAGGUAGAAGAUGGAGUUACUGAGGCAGAGGUUGAGAAGGAAACACCCGUACCGGAGGCUGCUUUGGUUUCCGAAGCUGUUCAAGAAGACACUCCAGUUGAGGUUGAAGAACCAAUUGCCUCAGAGCCAGAGGCUGCAGCUGAGGAGCCAAAGGCCAGCCAGGAAGAGAUAGUCUCUGAGGAAACCGUGGAAUCUGUUGUUGCGGAACCUGAGGCUGAGAAGGAGACAACCGUCCCAGAGGCCGACUCUGCCCUAGAAACUACCGCAGUCGAAGCUCCAGUUGAGGUUGAGGAAACAAUCGUCACCAAAACAGAGGAGCCUAUUGAAGAACCAACGAGCACGGAAGUUAGCAAAGAAGCAGUUGCCGAUAAAGAGGUUCCUUCUGAUGAUGUUCUCGAAACUCCUGCUACCGCCCCAGAAGCCUCAACUGAAGAGGCCGAGAAGGUCGCCCCCGAGGCCGAGGCUGUAAGCGAACAGCUCCCCACUGAGCCUGAAGCACCAGAAGAGCCCGAGGUGACAAUUCCUCCAGCUAGCGUUGCCCCCGAGGCAUCCGCAGCUGAGGAGGCUGUAGUUGACAAAACCGAGGAGCCCACGACGACUGAACCUGAAGUCUCGAUGGAAACUGCAGAGGAGACGGAAGAGAUCGUAUCUCAGUCAGACCCUGCACCAAUCGAAUCCAAGGAUGAAGAGGUCGUAGAUACUUCCGAGGCCCCAGCCUCCAAGGAGCCCGAAACAGAAGAACCCGAGACAACAGCCUCCAACGCAGAUAUCAUUCCUGUUGUAUCCAAAGAACAGAUUUCCGUUGAUGAUGCCGACAUUCCAGCCACAGAAGCACCGGAAGCAGUUAUGGAAGAGCCAGCUGAGGAUGUACCCCUACCUGCCGCAGAAGAACCCAAAGACGAAGUCACCAAGGACGAAGUCACCAACGAGGAAGUCACCAACGAGGAAGUCACCAACGAGGAAGCAGAAAUUAUCACCUCCGAGGCUGUGCCAGAGGCGUCGCAAGAAGAAGUUACUUCUGACCCAGUUGACGAUAAGACUGAAACUACAAACAAAGAAGCCUCCGAGCCUGUUCCAACACCCGAGGUAGCCAAGGAUGAAGUUGCCGUUGUCGUUGAUGACGCUGAAGCCGCUAUCGAGGCUCAGGAGUUGAGUAAAGACGAGGUUGCCAUUGACAAGGCUGAGGUUGCUGCUGAAGAACCAGUGGACGACACACCCAAGGCUGAUCCAGCCCCUGAGGCGGCGGUAGAGGAAGUUACUGAAGUUGAGACAGCUAGCGAAGAACCAGAAAAGGAUGCAUCCCAGCCAGAUCCUAUUCGUGAGGUGUCCAAAGAUGAGCCCGGCGAAGAGCCCAAGGAUAUCGCUCCAGUUCCUUCUGAUACCCAAGAGCUAAGCAAGGACGCUCCAACUGAUGCAGUGGAAGCUCCCGCUGCAGAAGAGCCAGAGGUCUCUGUCCAAGAAAUAUCCAAGGAUGCCCCUGAAUCUGAGAUAGUCGAGGAGGUCAAGCAAGAGUCCACCGCUGAUGCCCCAGCCCCAGUUGACGAAGCCGAGGUUUCUCAACCUCUUGAAAUCGAGAGCAAGGCUGCUGUGGUCCCUGAAAAUGACGAUGUCAUCCCUGAAAAUCAGCCAGAAGACCCUAAAGAUGACGCUGUCACCGACACUCCGGAGGUGGAAGCAAUGGAGACCUCUGAACCUACUGAAGUCAAGGAGGAAGCCACCGAGCAAAUCUCAGAAUCUCCAGAAAUCGCCAAAGAGGAACCUGAGGAGAUUGCUGUGAAGGAUACUGAGCCAGAGGAAAAGGCUGAUGAGGUCACCUCCGAUGAACCUGUGGUCUCUAAUCUGGCAGCAUUAGGAGGUGUUGCUGCAUUAGGAGGCGUAGCGACACUAGGAGGCGUGGCAGCCUUAGGGGGAUUCCAAAACGUCAAGUCACAGCAAGCCGACCCAGAGGCUUCGGAUUUUGAUCUUAGCGCAGCCGUGGGCCCUAAGACCACUGAAAAAGAAACAAAUGAAAUUUCUGAGGAUAAACCUGCAACUUCUGAGCCUCCUGUGAGAAAUGAGACUGAAGAGUCUAGGGAGUUGAAUGAACCUGUUGGCACAGAAGCCAAUGUCAUCAGUCAACCUGAGGAGCCUAGCGCGGCUGAUAAAGAGGCGGAACCCAAGGUUGAUACUCAGGAAGAGACAGCCGGUAACAAGGACGGUUCCGAAGAAGUUUCUGCAACUCUAGUGGAACCCUCACCAGCCCCUGCACAGCUGGAAGCUGCCAGUGAAGAAAAUCCUGAAACAAACGAUAUCAAGCAUGUACAGGAUGACGAGACCUUAGAAAAGGCGGUUGAGCCUGUUUGCGAGCAACCAGAAGUGCCAACAGGCGGAGAAAAGGAGAAAAUCUCCGAGGUUGAACAAGUCCAGGUUGAAGGGGCAACUAAAGAAGACCCUGCUGCCCAUACCGAGGCACCAACUCCUGCACCAGUUGAACCAGAAACCGACGUUCCCAGCGAGGAGAUAAAGGGCGAGUCGACUGCUGUUGCCGAUCUAACGACGCGUCAAGUAGUGGAAGAGCCUUCGAACGAGUCGGCCGCCGAAGUUUCGGAAGGGUCUCGAGAGCCCGAUGUUGGUCAACAGCCUGAGGAACUUCAUGACGAUUUGGCCACGACUCAAGCCACGAAUGAAGCAGACAAUGUUCAAUUGCAAGAGCCAAUUGUUACAGGAGCACCAAUUGAUAUUCCUGAGGUGACAAAACAAGAAGAGAAGGCAGAUGUUGCUGUUGUUGAUGAGCCAGAACUUCCCAAGGAAAUCGAAGAAAUCCCUAGUGACGUCACAAGUGAGUUGCCUCAGGAACCUGCCAAGACUAUGGAUGAACCUAAAUCCGACCCCGAAGAGAGCUUGGACCACAGUGCCAAAGCUGACGACAAGGAAGUUGAGCUCGUCGAGGAAGAGCCUGUGGUUGAGAAACAAGCUGUCGCAGCCGAGCAUGAGGCCGAGAGUCAAGAGGCCGAUGUUGUAGCUGCUGAGGCGGUGGCGGACGAGCCCUCUUCUGUGCCGGAACCGGAGACCACCCAGGAUGAAGUCUCCAAAGCAGAGGAUCUCGAGGAGUCACCCCAACCAAGUGAUCCUGUUGAUGUAAAGGAGGUCGCACCCGCCCCAAUUGAGCCAACGGAAAAUGCUGCGCCAGAGACUGCAAAGGAAGAGGCCGUAACUGAAACCGAAGCUUCAGAGGAGCCAAUUUCGAAGGAAGUCGAAGAGCACUCCGUUGUUCCUGCAGAGGAGCCCAAGGACAUUGAACAGCCUAUCAACGAUUCAAAGGAUAAACAGGCUGCCGAUGAGCUUGUCUCUGUUGAGGACGUAAAGGAGGACCUUGCAAAGACUGUUGUGUCCGAAGACGUGCUAGCUCCUACUGACGAGGUGUCAAAGGAAGAUGUAAACGAACCCUCACAGCCCAUCGUUAGUACCGAGACUGAGCCGUCUGCCGGUGAGACUGAAACUACGAAGGAAGUCACCCCAGAGGAGCAGCCCGUUGAGAAGGUAACCUCAGGAGACGAAGGUGAAUCCAAAAAUGAUUCACCCGAUGUUCCAGCAGACUCAUUCCAGGUUACUGGUCUACAGACAAAACUUCAAUCACCGGAAUCCAAGGCAGAGUUUGCGAUGGAAGAUGCAAAUAUUGAGACGAACCCACCAAAGGAAGCCGCCACUGAUAAGGGUGCAGAGGCCACGGAUGCCCCUAAAACCAAUGGUGCAGCUAUAGCCGCCGCAGCUUUGGGGGCUGCUGUUGUUAUUCCUGCGGCCGCAGUACUAGCAACCCAUGUCACCAAGUCCGAUACGACUAACUCCAAACCAGCUCCGGAUACCGUCCCCACGACCGAUGAACGAUCCAUCUCUGGAAAGGAAGCCCCAGAGCAUCUCAAGGAGGCCACUAUUCAAGAGCAAGCUCCAUCCGAGGUUCCCACUCCGUCUCAAAAUCAAGUCAAGACCGAGGGUAAAGAUGAGCCUUCCAAGGAUACGGAGUCCCAUGCUGUCCCACAAGAAUCAACGGUUGCCAAUGCUACCCCUGAACCACAGCCGGCGGAAAUACCUUUGAUCAAAGAUGCACAGGGGCCGGUUACCGUAGCGUCAGAAUCUACCCCUACUAUCUCAGCACCUGCCCUUGAAAGGUCCGUUAUUCCCGAGGAGACUAAGAAGGCUGCACCUGAUGCCUCUGACUCUACACCCAAAUCCGUAGAGGGACCAGCAUCCAGCUCUACUGCGCCUGGUGCCCCUGCCGUCAAGGCCACUACCAACGGAACAAAAACCAAUGGAGCAAACACCAAUGGAGCAAAUACCAACGGAGCAAAUACCAAUGGAGCAAACACUAAUGGAACAAAAACUAAUGGAGCUUCAGAGGAACCUCGACCCACAACUGGAAACCAAUCCAUCAGCUCCUUCACAGCUCAUCGACGGGAUAACUUCUUGAAAGCCCUGUGGCGCGCAAUAUUCGUCAACUUUUUUGGUAGUCUCUUUGGAUUCCGUCGUCGCGAUACCGCCGUCCAAUAA